ACUGACAAAUUGUAAUUCAUGUUUUUUUCGGGCCGGAUAAUUUGAGCCUUUAAUUCGUAUUCAAUUUAAUAAAAAAAGACAUUUAAAGUAGUAUGUGUAGUGGAAAGAUGGACUUAAAAUAGCACAAUCAUGAUUAACAAGAAAAUUCUAUCGGGCUACGAAUUAGUUGCCAAAGGUGCCACUAAAAUAGAGGCAACUUUACCAGAGUUAGGCCUAAAAGAUGUUUUUCCAAGUAAGACCUGGCUGGAGGAAAAACAGAUACAAGCUGCUGUCGAGGCAAGAAAACAUCUCAUUGAAGUCCAACGCAUAGAUAAGAGUGGAGUCCUAAGCCAUGCACAAUGGAAUGAAGAGCUAAUGUUGGCUGAAGUGACACAAAAAGUGGGAAGCUGCUGGCAGUACUUUGGCCACAAUGUUGGAAAGAAAUUGUAUUUAAAACCUGAGGAAGCACUUUUUUUAUUAGAAAUUAACAAUCUUUGUCUCAAACAUAAUGAUGUGAAAGUAUCACUGCAACAGGCUUACAGCUUGUUACUUAGAGACAAAGUUACGCUUCUUCAAUAUAAGGUAUAUGCAUCCCUAAGCCGCAUAGGCUACCGUGUUUACAGACAUAACACGCCAGAAGUCACAGAAGAAGAAGCACAGAAAAUAAAUAGCCCAGAUGAAAAAAAUGAAGUGGCUGUUUCACAGACUGAAGAAAUUUGUAUGGAACCUUCAAAUAGUGCCAAUGAUAAUGAAAAUCAUCAGCAGAAUGCAGACAGUGCCAAAUUGAACCCUGUAAAAAUGUCACAUGAAAAUAUAGUAACCAAACAAGAAAUUAAUGAGGAUUCAACAAAUAGUAUGCCAACAAAACAGGAGCAUACAAAAUGCAAGAAACAAAUAAUGUACCUAAAAAUGCAGUCAUUAAAUAACAGGCAGUUAAUACCAUGCAACAAUGAGAAAUUACAUAAAUAUUUUGAUAACAUACCUGAUCUUUUAGACAAGAAUAUUGCUACUAUUUCAACACCUUUUUCAAAUCUAUUACCAAAUACAAUUAAUUUAACCAAAUCUGCUUACAUUGUAAAUCUCCAUGAUAUACAAAAUAAACAAAACAGUACCAGGCCCUUAUCAACUGAAUCAAAUAUUUACAGUGUUAAUGAUGAAGUCAAUGGAAGCCAUAUCAGAAGGUUAAGGAACACUAGUAAUAGAACAGAAUCUAAUUGGACACCUCCAGCGACAUCAGGAUUUGCAACACAACAAAACACUCAAUAUCGGCCAUCUUAUUAUUGGAGACGAGCAUCAUUCAAUUAUUAUAACUUCAAUAAUCCAUUUCCAAGACCAUUCUUACCUAACUGGUACUUUGUUCCUAAUUUAAAUUUUUACCCUAGAGCUCAAUCUUAUAUUUGGCGACCAAAUUUUUACAUCAACAACAGAAACUACAAUAGAAAAAGGUCAAGAAAAGGUGCCAAAAAGCAUCAAUUAGAUGGAAUAUUAAAACUAGCUGGCAGAUUGAAGCAGUUAAUACAAAGCGGGAAUACACAUCAACAAAAUAUUCAUUCUCUCCAAAGGCUAAUACAAACUUAUAAUACAAGAUAUAAAACUAAAGUGCGCCUAAAUAGUACUUUUGAUGUAUUUAUUGAUGAGACUAUUGAAGAUACCAUAACACUGGAUGACGAUGACGAAGAACCUAGUACUAAAAGACGUAAAGCUAAUCCUGCAUUUGAGGAGAACUUGAAUAAAUUAAAAACUGUAGCCUCGAAACUUAAAGAGCUAGAAUAUAAAGACAAGUCAUCAGGAAAACAUAGAAGAGCGUUUUCUAAACUUAUAAAAAUGUUCAAUGAUUCAUACAAAGAAGACUAUUAUUUAAAUGAGGAUUAUGAGAUUGUGUGUCGUAAUCAAAUAGAUCUUGACACUUCUGAUUCAGAUAAUGAUUGUAUUAUAGAAGAAAGCCAGCCAUCAGUUAGUGGGAAAAAGUUGAAAAAUCCUUUUAAUGUACUAAAGCGAGUAUCUAUAACGCAAAACUCGCAGCAAACUGGAAUAAACCUAGACAAUACUGAUAACAUAGUAAUAGAAAGUGAUAAGAAGUAUAGUGAAGCAACUUUAAAUGCUUUUACUAAAGAUUGGUUGCCAAAAGAAGAUGAUUUUGGUAGAGCUGAAAUCGUUACCAAAGAUGCUUGUAGUAUUGAAGAUAUAAGAAGGGAAGAAUUCCUUUAUGACUUUAUAAAGAUACAAACAUGUAAAUAUGAUAAUUGGUUAGACCUAAAGAAGUCGUUUUUUAUUAGUAUCCAAGCAGCUAUUGCAGAAUUUCAAGAUAAUAUGCCAAGAAGAGCAAAAAUGGAAAUAGAUUCUAUUGUAAAACCAGAAGACUGCGCUGAUUUACAAUCUGUGCUGAAGAAGUUAAGCAUUAUAAAAAGUGAUAAAUCAGUAACAGAUAAAUGUAAUCUAGCUAUAGAUUUUGAUGUGUACAAUAGAAAUGUACAAAAUUUUAAAAAAUCUAAUCGUCCUACGCCGCAUUUUCGUAUUAUAUGCAUCAAUGAGUCAUCAAACUUACCAGCUGGAGAAGAAAUUGCAGCACUUCACACUAAAUACGCAGACAAUGUGACCAUAGUGUUUGCAAUUGUCGGAAUCGACUCAAUUUCAUAUGUUCAAAUUAAUCCUACUGAUUUACCAGUGUAUGUAUCUAAUAACACUUAACUCUAUAUUACAUAUUAAGUAUAAAACUAUAAAUAUGAAAGUUUACAUAGAUAUAUAAUAUAAAAAUUAUAGAGUGACACAAAAUGUGUUUAUUGUGUAAUUUUAAGUAAUUUUUUGUUUUGUAAUUUGUUGUCAGAUUCUCUUUUUGAUUGUAGGACCUAAUAAUACGCAUUAGUAAGAGGUUGUUUAUUCAAUCAAUGCAGCCUUUCUGGUCUGGUUUUCACACAUUUUAUUUUAUUUUCAACUAGAGCUCUGAAAGAUGUUAUAAAAAAUUUAUCUCUCAGUGUCGCCGCACACAGGCCACACGCGAGCAACAAAUGCCGCUACAAGCAAGCAGGGGCCACAAAAGUAGCUGAAGCGCGCGACAGCCACUUGUGGCCGGUGGUGGACACUUGUGGUCAAUAGGUGCUACUUUUUUAACCCAUACAUGCAGUAUCAUAAUCGAGUGGCGUGUCGUUUAGUGGUCGGUGCGGGCCACAAGAAGCGAGCAGCGACGAUUGUGGCGUGUGGCGGCCACCGGCGUCAACUGUGUGCGGCGAGUCCAUAUAAAAUGUAUGAAAACCUCAGGAAAUAUGCCGGUAGCGGCGUUUUGUGGUUGUGACCGGUGUCCCGUGUGAGGGAGCCCUAAAUAAUCUAUGCUUCAGUAUAUACAAAAGGCGGAAAAUAAACAAUACUUUCCGCCUUUUCCGUUGAACCGUUUAUUGGUUUCCGUUAUUUCCACUUUAUUUUCCGUUUAUUGGCCGCAAGGGGUCGCCAAUUUCUUAGUUUCAGUGUUUAAGAACAAGAAUAACUUUUGCGUUUCAAGUACUUGAACUCCUAAAUGGUUUCUUUGUUUUUCGAAAUAUGGUGGAGGUUUUUUUGUGGUCAGUACGCCUAUGAUGCGUGGCAGGAAUUCUCGUGAAGAGUAAAAGACAAUUGACCAAUAGCAGCUGAACGAAAAUGUCACUCUUUUUUAUCUUAUUGCAACGAGAGAGAGAGAGCGAUGUUCUCUGUUCGGCGCUAUUGCUCGACAAUAUGUCACUUUGUCUUCACGAUAGAUGUCAUGUCGGCGCAUCACUCUAAUAUGGUGUUAUUGAAUUUACGGCUUUAUGUUAUAUUAGUUGUGGUCCGUUUUGUGUUGUCGUUAAAGUGUAUUUUUUAUGAUUACAAGUCAUUGGUCUCUUAUAAUAAAAGAACGCACAAACAUGUACAAAAUUUCACUUAAAAACUGGCCAAUUUUGCUUUGACAGUUUUAGAAUUAUUGGUUAAGAAAUUAUACCUAAAGGGCUUUAAAUUUAGUUCAAUAUUCAAUAAAAUCCCAAAUUCACAGCAAAUUUAACCUUAAGGAUCGAGUUUAAGGUUGAAUUUGCAAAUGCGACUACUUGAAUUGAGUGCCAAGAAGUUGUGUUUGGCACUCAUUGUGUUGGGACGUUAUUUGGUCGCUUAUUGUGCAUCCACUUUUUAAUAGGAGACCGAUGUUCCAGUGUGUAAAAAUAUAAAUUAACCAACAUGAUCACUUACCAUCAGGUGAGAUUGUAGUCAAGGGCUAACUUGUAACGAAUAAAAAAAAAAAAACAUAAUAUAGUCUCUUACUCAUGAUUAGGUACUUGAAAGACUACUACGACAUUUAAAUAAUACUAUUCAUAAUUUCAUUGAAAACUUUAUAGAAAUUUAUUAAACCUAUUUCAUAUUUCCAUUUAUUGAUAGAUUAUGUACCUAUAUUUUUUUCAUUUUUGUCCGAAUUGGCACUGUUUUAUGAAAACUUUUGUAAAAUUUUGUAAAUUAAUACUUACUGUUCAAGUCUCUGGCAGAAACUGUGUUAAAUGUGUAAAACCAAUUAAUGUAAAUAAAACUGUACGUCGUAAUA